AGCACUUAACAGUACUAUCACUUAAUAUCUGUGUUUUUUUCCUUGAGUUACAAUGGAGUCUAUGGGAGUCCUUCAACAUGAAGAUUGCGAUUUUUUGAACAAAAUGUUUUCCAACGACGAUGAGGCAGAUUUCGCGUUCCAAUUCUGGGAAGGUUUUGGUAAUCACACAAUUUUUUUGCCUACUAAUGAAGCCAAUGCUGAUGCAAAUUCUGUUGGCUUUGAUGAUAAUCUCUAUUCUUCUUCCGAAUUUUUCAACACUAGUUUCUGUCAUUCUCAAGACAAUACUAAUAUUAGUACUUCUAGUAAUAACUACAGUGCCUGUUUGCCCAAUGUAAGCCAUGAAGUCCCCCGGUUUUGUGGUUCUAACAUCAUCCCAAUGAUGGAUAACAUUUCCAAGUCCAUGAAUAUUUUUUUAAUGGACGAAGAAAAUAAUGCAUUAGGGAAAUUUGUUCCCAAUGAGCACUACGUGCAAGAUGUUGUGACUGCGGAGGUGGGGAAGGGGAUUGCAGAUGUUACUGACUUAGGCAUCGAGACAAAUUUUGAAGUGCUGCAACAGCCUGAAACUGUGGCAAUUGUUGAGAAUAUUCCAAAGAAAAGAUGUCGCGUUCCGAGAGAUACACCCAAAUACAAGAAGAAUGUGCAGACAAAGAGGACUAAGAGGGUGACUCAAAGCGUCAAGAUUGAUGCAGAGAACAAUUUAAAUGGUACAAAUGGACAGAGUUCAAGUACUUACAGCUCGGAGGAUGAUUCCAAUGCCUCCCAAGAGCUGAAUAAUGGAGCAACUUCAGAUUCCACAGAAGCUGUAGCGCUUAAUUCAAGUGGAAAACCAAGAGCUGGUAGAGGAGCUGCAACUGAUCCCCAGAGCCUCUAUGCAAGGAAAAGAAGGGAAAAAAUAAACGAGAGAUUGAGGAUCCUGCAAAACCUUGUCCCGAAUGGAACAAAGGUUGACAUUAGCACAAUGCUUGAAGAGGCAGUUCAUUACGUGAAGUUUCUGCAGCUUCAGAUCAAGUUACUGAGCUCUGAUGAGAUGUGGAUGUAUGCACCUAUUGCUUACAAUGGAAUGGACAUGGGUCUUUACCAGAACAUUUCUCAAGCUCUAUGAUCUCGUUGAACUCUCAUCGAUGGUUAAUUAAUUGUUACUAUAAUUAAAAAAAAGAAGAAGAAAAUAAUAACCUCUAUAGAUGUUAAAUUUCAUUAAUGGAUGAUGAGGAGUACUUAAAAACAAGUACAUUGCCCUUGUACAAUGUUCAUGUUUUUUUUUCCGACAUGUCUAAAUUUGUUCAUUGCACACUGUAAA